UAUUUAUACUCACUCCCCUUCUUGCUUCUCUCCUACUUUAAACUCUAUCCCUUUUAUUCUUCUCAUAAAAUUAAAUUCAUCCUAUACUAUAUAAUAAGACAAAUCAACUAAUCAAAUUAUACAAUUUUUAGCGAUAGUAAAUUGAAAAUGGGUAUAUGCAAUUCUUGUGAAUCCACAUCUGUUGCGACCGCGAAAAUAAUACUACAAGACGGAAGAUUACAAGAGUUUUCUUAUCCAAUAAAAGCUUGGUAUCUCUUACAAAAAGAUCCAACUAUUUUCAUCUGUAACUCCGAUGAAAUGGAAUUUGGAGAUAAGAUUUCCGCCAUAAAUGCAGAAGAAGAACUUCAAUUGGGUCAAUUGUAUUUCGCUAUGCCUUUGAAGAGGCUAAAGAGUAGACUUGGGGCUGAAGAAAUGGCAGCAUUAGCUGUGAAGGCGAGUUCUGCAUUAAAGAGAACUAGUAGUAGUAAUAAAUUGUUUGUAUUUUCUCAACAAAAGAAUUGUGAUAGAGUGACAAGGAACGGCGAUGACGGUGAUAGUGGGAGAAGAAGAGGAAAAAAGACGGCGAAGUUGAGUGUAAUACCAGAAUAAGGUGAAAAAAAUUAUAUUUGAAUAACCUUUUGUUAUGUCGGGUAAAAGUUACCGUGGCUAAGAAGGGUGAAAUAGUAUUUUGCUUAGCAAAAUAGGACGAUGGCGAUUGACCAUUCAGUUAUUGAUCCAAAUCAGGUAACAAAAAAGAUAUGUUUUGAAAAGAUGAAAGUUGGAGCUAUUGACCUUGAAAAAUGUGCAAAGACACUUCCAAAACAAUCAUAAUUUCUCAUGCAAGAGUUGAUCUGAGUCAUCCCAUUGGGAAUCAAAGAAAGGAGCAGGAAAAAUAUUGUACAGUAAUGAAAGAUUUUCAUUCAACUUUAAGUACUGUUCAUUUUAUUUUGUAAAUAGUUGGUUUUAUAAUAAGUUAAGAUUCAAAGCUA